AUGUCGGCCAAAGAGCAGAACAAACUCUCCACCGUGGAACGACCCGUCAAAGCUCAGCGGUCCGGACAGCCGGAGGAGACUCCGGCUGUGGAGCAGCGCGACGCCCGGACAGAGGGCUGCUGCUCCGGACACAAAGUGCUGCUCGACCCGCGGAGAGCAGAGAUGGAAAUGCUGGAGAGCAGCUUCAGUGUCCUGCUGUGGGCCCCACGGCGGAGCUCCAUGCUGGGACCCUCUGUGGGCCCCACGGCGGAGCUCCAUGCUGGGACCCUCUCGGUGCCGUACCCUCCUGGGACUCGGCUCUCGGUGAAGGACCUGUACGUGGACGGGAGGCCCAGCGUGGAGGUCCUGAAGGCUCACCUGGUGAAGGAGGGUCGCCUGGAGGAGGAGGCGGCUCUGAGGAUCAUCAACGAGGGAGCUGGAAUCCUGAGGCAGGAGAAGUGUAUGCUGGAGGUGGAGGCUCCCAUCACAGUGUGUGGGGACGUCCACGGUCAGUUCUUCGACCUGAUGAAGCUGUUUGAGGUUGGAGGUUCUCCCAGCUCCACCAGGUAUCUCUUCCUGGGCGACUACGUGGACCGAGGCUACUUCAGCAUCGAGUGUGUACUCUACCUGUGGGCGCUGAAGAUCAACCAUCCCAACACCUUGUUCCUGCUCAGAGGCAACCAUGAGUGCCGACAUCUCACAGAGUACUUCACGUUCAAACAGGAGUGUAAAAUAAAGUACUCUGAGCGGGUCUAUGAUGCCUGUAUGGAGGCCUUCGACUGCCUUCCUCUGGCUGCUCUCCUCAACCAGCAGUUCCUCUGUGUUCAUGGAGGCCUGAGCCCUGAAGUCACCUGUCUGGACGACAUCCGCAAGCUGGACCGGUUCAAAGAGCCUCCAGCCUUCGGGCCGAUGUGUGACCUGCUGUGGUCGGAUCCAGGAGAAGACUACGGCUCUGAGAAGACCCAGGAACAUUUCUGCCACAACAGCGUCCGAGGAUGCUCCUACUUUUACAGCUACCCGGCGGUCUGCGACUUCCUGAUGAACAACAACCUGCUGUCGGUAAUACGAGCCCACGAAGCCCAGGACGCAGGGUAUCGAAUGUACAGGAAAAGUCAGACGACAGGCUUCCCCUCUCUAAUCACCAUCUUCUCUGCUCCCAACUACCUGGACGUGUACAACAACAAAGCGGCGGUGCUGAAAUACGAGAAUAACGUGAUGAACAUCCGGCAGUUCAACUGUUCCCCACAUCCCUACUGGCUGCCCAACUUCAUGGACGUCUUCACCUGGUCGCUGCCCUUCGUAGGAGAGAAAGUGACGGAGAUGCUGGUGAACGUGCUGAACAUCUGCUCUGACGACGAGCUGAUGUCUGAAGGUGACGACACCUGUGAAGGUGGAGCUCCGGCCGUCAGGAAGGAAGUGAUCAGAAAUAAGAUCAGAGCGAUUGGAAAGAUGGCUCGAGUCUUCUCUGUGCUCAGGGAGGAGAAUGAGAGCGUGCUGCAGCUGAAAGGUCUCACCCCGACUGGAACUCUUCCUCUGGGAGUUUUGUCUGGAGGCCGACAGACUCUUCAGAGCGGUGAGUUAAUGGCUGACUAG